CGGCAUGCGCGCUGUGCUGCUGCUGCUGUUGCUGCUGCCGGGGUGGCCGCCGGCCAGGGCCGCCCGCUCGCGGGAGGCGCCGCGCGCCGUGGUGGCGGGGCAGGGCGCGCUGCUGGGCCGCGAGCUGCUGCUGGCGCGCGGGCAGCGCGUCGCGCAGUUCCUCGCCGUGCCGUUCGCCCAGCCGCCCACGGGCGCCCUCCGCUUCGCGCCGCCGCGCACGCGGCCGCUGCCCGCCUGGGACGGAGACCGCGACGCCACGGCGUUCGCGCCCGCCUGCCCGCAGUCCCGCGAGGAGCUGGAGCGCCAGGAGCUCGUCUUCAAGCUGCACCUCGCGGAGAUGCUCGACGAAAUCACUUUCGACGAGGACUGCCUCUACCUCAACGUGUACGUGCCGGACGGAACAAGUCCACCAGGAGGUUGGCCCGUUAUGGUUUGGUUUCAUCCAGGGAACUUUAACGCUGGAGCACCUCAACUAUGGGAUGGUUCUGUGCUUGCUGCCAAGCAAAAGGUGAUAAUUGUAACUGCAGCGUAUCGUCUGAACAUCUUCGGCUUCUUGGCACUCGGCAACGGACUGUCACCAGGGAAUUAUGGUCUUCACGAUCAAGUUGCAGCCCUCGACUGGGUGAAAGGAAAAAUAUCGGCAUUUGGUGGAUCUGCAAGCGAUGUGUGCAUCUUUGGCCACGGUGCUGGAGGAAUAAGCGUAGGACUUCACACAAUCUCUCCACUGUCUUCUGGGAAAUUCGCACGUGCAAUUGCUAUGAGUGGAAAUGCCUUAGUGCCGACGGCGGUAACAAGGAGUAAAACACAGGAGGUCCUGGAAUCUCUGGCAGAGAGAUUCGCCUGCCGGUCUGCUUCCCAUUCAGACCUACUGCCGUGCUUAAGAAAUGCCCCGACGUCACCACUUGCUGCACAUGCCAGUUUGUUUCAGUGGGGGCCAGUGGUCGAUGCAGAUGCAAAUGCAAGUACAGCCUUCUUGCCAAAGGAACCAAAGGAACUUCUUGAAGAUGGACAAUUUAAACAGGUUGACUUUAUGACUGGAUACACCAACAUGGAAGAUGCACUGCUUCAUUCAGAUAUUGAAGAAAUGGAUAAGGGUUUAACUCAAGAACGGUUUUAUUCAUUCCUAUCAGAUAUGGUUCAGCAGGAAUCAAGUGAAAGUAACAACAAUGAGACCUGUGUAAUAAAUGACCAAUACAUAAUUGAGUCUGUUUCAUUUUUUUACAGACCAUAUCCACAAACCUCAGACACAACACUUCUAAGAGAUCGAUACAUGGAUUUAAUGACUGAAAGAAACUAUGGAGCAGGUGCAUAUUUACAAGCAUUAAAACUCAGCAAAGUAGGAUCAACAUAUUUCUACAGAUUUGAUUAUAAACCAAAACACAGUUUGGUGCCAAUUAAAGAGUGGGUUAAGGUACCACACAGAUUUGAUCUUCCUUUCGUAUGGGGAAUGCCAUACUGGCCCAACCUUGCAUCUUCAAUAGUGUGGUAUGGUGGUGAUCGUAAAAUAUCUGAUGUAGUAAUGAACCUCUGGACAAAUUUUGCAAAGAAUUCUAAUCCUAUACAAAAUACGCUCAACAUUAAGUGGGAAGCUUUUACUGAAGAAAAACCUGGUGUGAUGAUUCUCGAUCGUUUCUUUAACAUGAGUGAUGGAACGAACAUUGACUACAAAGGUUUUGAAUUCUGGAAUAAUUAUUAUCCUGUAGUAGUGCAGGCUGCUACACAGUGCUGUAUCUUCAACAACACUGCAACUAAGUUUCAUGAAAAUAUCAUUCCAAAUAAAAUUAAACUUCUACUAGUUGGGAUAUCAUAUUUAGUCAUGAGAUAAAACAUACAAAAAUAUGAAAUGUAAGAUGUAUGUAUCAAGUGAAUAAUUUCUCAAAAAUAAAGAAAGAAUUGUGUUAAUAAGAAA